AUGGCCGGUAUCAAGAGUCCAUCCAAGGUUGACCACCUUUGUGUCCUGGUGCACGGGCUGUGGGGCAAUCCAUCUCACCUGGAUUACAUGGCAGCAGUCCUCAAGGAGAGAUAUGGAGAAGACCAUCUUCAUGUUCUUUGUCCUGAGACAAAUAGCGGCAACUUCACUUAUGAUGGAAUUGAGGUGGGCGGCGAACGAGUCGUGAACGAGGUCGAAGAAACACUGGAGAAAUUGGAGAAAGAAGGCCAGAAAAUCACCAAAAUAAGCAUCGUUGGUUAUUCUUUGGGAGGUCUUGUUGCCCGAUAUGCCAUUGGAUUGCUUCAUGCCCAUGGGUGGCUGGACAAAGUGCAGCCUAUGAACUUUACAACUUUUGCUUCACCACAUGUCGGGGUGAGAACGCCGUCGAAGGGACUCGGUGGGCACAUUUGGAAUGGUCUAGGACCCCGAAUGGUUUCCAUGUCAGGCCAGCAACUAUUCAUGGUGGACUCUUUCCGCCAAACAGGACGGCCCCUGCUCAGCAUUCUCGCUGACCCAGAGAGCAUUUUCAUUCAGGGGCUGAAGAGGUUCCAGAAUCGAAGUGUAUAUGGAAACAUUGUGAACGAUCGGACUACAUCAUUUUACACGACAUUAUUUAUGAAAAAGGAUCCCUUUCAGGACCUCGAGAAUAUCAACAUCAAUUAUGUGGAUGGCUACGAGCAAGUGAUCAUUGACCCUGAUGAGCACUUGCUACCACGCCCACCAAAAGAGCCCGAGACCUGUUCCGAAACAUGGGUUCGGUAUAAGGCGACUGCACAGAACAUUCCUUUCUAUCUCCUCGUUAUGGUGCUACUACCUCCUGCUGUGAUGGCAUUUAUUGUGAAUUCCGGAGUCCAGACCUUCCGCAGCCAGAAAAGAAUUCGCUUACAUCUGGAGGGGAAAAAUGGGAAGCUUUUCGGUAAAUAUAAGGUGCCUCUACUAGUACAGGACGUCCAGUGUGCUAUGGACGAAGCCGUUGAGGGUGCAAAUGCUCGACAGGAGCCCGAGUAUCUUUCAAGCUCCGAUCUGGAGACAGGAGACUCGCUCAAGAAGACCACAACAAGGUCUUUGAAGUCCACUGAAUCGGAUUCAGCAUUGCCUCCAUAUGAAGGAGAGUCUUCAGCCACCCACAACUUAAUGUCCGGAUUCCCUACACUUGCAUUGACGCCUGAUCAAUUUGAUAUUAUCGACUCUCUGAAUGAGGUGGGAUUCAAGAAAUACCCCGUUUACAUACAUAAUCACCGACACAGCCACGCAGCUAUCGUGGUUCGAAUUCAAAAGGACGACUUCAACGAAGGAAAGCUGGUGAUGAAGCACUGGCUGGAUAAUCGGUUUGCGGUAUAA